CAGAAACUGAAAAAUAAGAAACAAAAAAAAAAAAAAAUCCUCAAGCACAAAUGGAGCCACGCAUACCAAACCCAAGAAAAAAGUGAUACAGGGAGAGAAAAAUGGCAGCCAUGAGCUUUGCCUCCAUAUACCUCCGGCCACCGGAACCCGCCACUGUCAACAUAAACUACCAUAGACCUAUUACAGUUCUUACCACAAAGAGAUCCAUCGCCGCCUCUUUUGCAACUAGUUCAACGGAAUCUGCUCCGGCGGCACCCGAAAAGCCCCAAAUUGAGCUCGAAUUUAUAGGGCCAAAACCUGGAGCAGAUGGGAAGUACCCGGUGGAGAUAGCCACGGCAGUAAGCGGACAGAAGCUUCUUCGGAGCAUCAUGUCGGAUAACAAUAUCGAGCUCUAUGCCGCGUAUGGGAAGGUGAUGAACUGUGGUGGUAGUGGAACCUGUGGAACUUGCAUUGUGGAGAUUAUAGAUGGAAAGGAUCUUUUGAAUGAAAGAACAAAAACAGAGCUCCGAUAUCUAAAAAAGAAUCCAGAGUCUUGGAGGCUGGCUUGCCAAACUAUUGUUGGAAAUAAAGAGAACUCUGGCAAGGUAGUUGUUCAGAGGUUGCCUCAGUGGAAGAAGUGAGUGCUACCCAACUUUAUACAUCGACGCAACUCACGGCUUGCCCAAGAAACCCGAGCAUUCCGGUUCACAAUUUCAAUGACAGUACGAAUUAUCUUGUAAAUUCAUUAGUUAACAUACAAAUUUGGUGCUUCUGUAAUCCUCUUCUAGGUAGCUCUUGUACUAUUGAUUUGCCUCUGUAAAAUCAGUCUAGAUUUUAAUAACAUCUUGCAUUUUGGCAGUUUCAUUGAGGCUACUUGCAUACGGUCUAUUGACA